AUGGAUCGCCAGCAGGUCUACCUGCAGGAGACCGCAUCACGUCGCCCUGAUCUGGCAGAGGAUCUCACCACACUAGGAGAGCUCUAUCAUAAAAAGCUGUGGCAUGAGCUGUCGGUGAAGCUGGAGGAGCUGAUCAACACCCCUCGCCUUCAGGAGGACGGGGUGCUGAUCGCCCUCUACCAAAACUUCAUCGCCAGCUUUGCGCCGCACAUCAACCUGCUGAAGCUGGCGGUGUUUGCCGUGGCAGCUUCCAAGCAGAUCAAGAACCCCGACGAGGGCGUGGCUUUCCUGCAGGAUGUCAUCACCGGGCUGGAGAACCUGAAGCUGGCUGCCGCGGUACAGCCCAUCCUGUACCUCAAGAUGCACGUUGCGCAGUAUGACCAGGCGGCGGGGCGCUGGGAGGAGGCGAACAAGGCCCUGGAGGCAGGGGAGAAGCAGCUGCAAGGCCUACAAGAGGUGGACCCCUCAGUCUCAGCGGCCGUCCAUUAUGUGGCCAUGAGUCAUCACAAGGCCCAGCAACAGUACGGCGACUUCUACAAGGCUGCCCUGCUGUACCUUGCGCAUGUGCGGCAGGAGACCCUGCCAGCCGACACGCGACUGGCCUUGGCGGUGGAUGUAUCACUGGCUGCACUCCUUGGCAAGACGGUGUACAGCUUUGGGGAGCUGCUCCUCCACCCCAUCGUGGAGGUCCUGCAAAACAGCGCCUUCGCGUGGCUGUAUGAGCUCCUGGUGGCCUUCAACAAUGGCGACAUCCAUGGCUACGACUCGCUGUGUGUGACCCAUGCCGCAAAGCUGAACGCCCAGCCUGCCCUGGUGCAGCACGAGCGGCAGCUGCGGGAGAAGAUCACCAUCCUGUCCCUGACCGAGAUGGUGAGCAGCCUGCCUGCAGAGGACCGCACCCUGACCCUGGAGGCCAUCGGGCAGCGCACCAAGCUGCCCUUGGACGGCGUCGAGUUCCUGCUCAUGAAGGCGCUGAGCCUGCACCUGCUGGAGGGGGUCAUCGACCAGGUGGCUGGCACCGUGCAGGUGUCCUGGGUGCAGCCACGGGUGCUGACCAUGGACCAGGUGCAGCGGCUGAAGGGGCGGCUGGAUGCCUGGGUGGGCCAGGUGGCGGGGGUGCAGCUGAGCCUGCAGGAGGCGGCGGUGGGCCUGGUGCCAGCUACCGUGGGUGCCUGA